AUGUUAACGAACAAUCAAUAUCCUUAACUUCCUGUUCAAUCUGUUGUAUACUAAUAAUAGACAUAAAAUAAUUAGAAACCUUUAACUUAAUAGUUCUAAUCACCUGUUUAGAUGAAAGUAAUAUCAGGUUAACCUUCAAUGGUAUAUUAAUAAUAAGCAGGUUAAAGUUAAAUGUAUACAUAACCUAAUCAAAUGUAUACAUAAUAAAAUCAAAUGUAUACAUAAUCAAAUUAAAUGUACACGUAAUAGAAUUAACAUGUUAAAACUAUAUAAUAACAUCAUAUGUAAAAUCUAAAUAAUAUUUUAUAUAGGCAUCAUACUCAUGAAUAUAAAAUUCCUUAAUAUUAAUAACCAAUAGUGACACCUCCAUAAUAAGCUAUAAUAAGUACUCCAUAAUAACCAAUUGUAACACCUCCUCCUCCUUAACAACCAGAAAUUAAUGAAAUGUAUCAUGUUGAAAGAGAAUUACAGGUUUUAUCUGUUGAAGAAGUAGAAGAACCAUGGAAAAAGAAAUGUGUUGAAUUAGAAAUUAAAAUAUUUGAUUUAUAAACAGAAUUAGCUAGAUAUAAAAAUUAAGGAUAAGAAAUUAAAGUUACUUCUAAUGAAGAAUUUUAAAUUAGAGAAUUGGAAGCUAAAAUUAAAAUGAUGAAAGAUAUCGAAGAUGGAUUAAGAAAAGAAAUUGAAAGUUAAUAAAAUGAAAUUGAUUCUUGGAGAUAAAGAUAUUCAAAAUUAUAAUUAGAAUUUUAACAAUUAUUAUAAGGAGGUGAAGAAGUUAGAUAAUUAAGAGAUGCUUUAGCUGAAAAAGAAAGAUAAAUAUUAAAAUUAGAAAAUGCAUUAAAUUCAUCAAAUAUGGAAAUGUAAAAUUAUAUGAGAUUAGUUUAGUAAUUAUAUAUAAAUAAUAACAUAUUAGAAAUAAAGACUAAGAAAUAGCUUAAUAUAAAUAAAUGAUUAGACAAUUAGAAUAAGAAAUGAGUGAAUAUUAAUCAACUACUGAAAAAUUGAAAUAUUAUUCAAAUGAAGCAGAUAUUUGGAAAGAAAGAUUUAUGAAAGCCAAUUAAGAUUUUCAUACUGCAUAAGAAUAAUGGAUGAUGGCUUAAGCUGAAUUAGAUUCAUUAAAAAAACAAAAAACUAUUACUACUACUGAAAAAACAACAACUGUUUAAUAAUCUAAUACAAGAUCUAGUAAAACUGCUGGUAGAUAAUAUUGA